UCGUCGUGUUAGCUUCAUAUAUGGCUGUGAUGCUAACGUUGCUGCCAUAAAAUGGAGAAAAUACAAACAGUUUGAUCUUUUCAAAGUCCCGGGGCUGUGUCGGAGCUCCUGUAUCCACCUUUAAACAAAUAGCAAAUGGAAAUAAAUGAGGAAAAAUCGUCGCCUAACAUUUGUUACUUCCUGCUAGCUUCAGCUAGCCACAAUGAACAUGCUGCUACCUGGUUAUCUCAGAAAAUAAAGUCAUGCAAACAAACAAGAAAACAGCAUCGCAAGGAUGCUGCAACUGUGCGAGCAGCUCCAGAGUUUUACUGAAGAGAGAACUAUGGUAGACUGAGAGUUCACCAGCAAAUUGACAAGUGCAAGCUGGCUGCCUGGAUCACAGUGAGAGAAGGGAGGGGAGGAGCGGGGGAGGUAUAUAAACCAAAGCAGGAAGUUGGCAGCUCAGUGUUUGACAUGGUUAAAGAGGUGCACCGUAGAUGUGGUUUGUUUUGAAGAAGAAGUGAGAUGGAUGUUGUUCUGGAAAACGUAGUUGCUUUGGUGAAGCAGCACCAGAAUGGGAUUCCACUGAAAAAGCUUUCCCAGUUCUACAACCAGACAUAUCACACUAACCUAACUAUACGUGACUUAAACUUCAACUCCAUGCAGAGCAUGAUUGCCUCUCUGGAGGAGCUGGUUAUGGAGGGACAGGUGGUGUUUCAUAAGGAACAUCGUCGCCAAGGCCAGGAGGCUGCCGCAGAUGGACACAGGCCAGCUCCAUCUCAAGCUGAGACAUCAACAAAGGCUCAACCAAAGCAGACUCAGGCUGCAGUUAUCCUGGAAAAUGUGGUUGAUUUAGUAAAGGAACACCCAGAGGGGAUUCCCCUGAAGAAAUUGGAAAUAUUCUACGACCUGUCGUAUAAGCAGAACUUCUCCCUAUCUGAUUUGGGUUUCAAAAAUAUUUCAUGUUUGGUAGAAUCACUGAAAGAGGAUCUAGUUGUGAAGCAGAAGAGAGUUUUCCAUAAGAUAUACCUCCCUGGAGGUCAACCCUUGGCUGAAACAUCAGCAAAUAUCAGAGAGGCAAGUCGACCCACGACACCACAGAGAGCAGAAUGUCUUCAGGAGAGCCGGAACGGUAACCAACCAGCAGCUCAGGUAGCUGCGUCACAGUUGGACCAUAACCUUAUCGGUUCGCCUUUGAUGGCCUCAGUUCGUUACAUUCCUGGGAACCCACCGCUCACCGCAUCCCAGCCAGCUAUACAGCUCAGCCAAGACCAGCUGCUACAGAGAGUGAUGGAGUCGCCACGAACAGUAGCGGAAACCCCCAAGAGGGGACCAGGCCUGAGGCAGCUGCUGCCGGGGAUUCCCAGUAGCAGUGCAACGCCGGUAAUAAAGGCAUUUCAGCCACUAGUUCCCACAAUGGAGCAGCUCCAAAUGGGAUACUCUCAGUUAUAUGGUGAACCACUUCCAUUCCAGCAGUACAUGUCCCUGUAUGACAGGGAAGUGCAGAAGCUACCGGCUGCAGCUGAAUCAGCAGCAAAACCCAAAACUAACGCAUGGCAGACAACCCAAGCAGCACAAAAUAUUACAAAGAAUGCUGAAGAAGAGAUUGGACUUGCAGAAGACUUCCCAGAGCUGGGAGCAAGCACUGGAGAGACCAAAGAAAAGAAAACCAAAGCAAAAGAAGCCAGUCAGAAAGAGGCCGGCGCACCUGUCUUCAGGGAACGGUUUCAUGCCCAGCAGAGGGAGGUCCAUGGGGGCAACAUGAGGGCCGUGGAAGCCAUGGAGAUGGAUGAGGGUGAAAGGGCCAAAGGGAGGAACAGAGCCAUGGAUCCGGAAUGGAUCAACAGCAUGACGGAAAGCGUGAUACGAGAAAUCGCCUCUGAGGGGGAGCUUGUCACAAAGGAGAAGGUGAUAUCCAGAGUUUGUCAAAUGAAUCCUUCUUUAGACCCUAGAAAGCUACACCCAAAGGCCGUUCCAGCUCUACAUAAUCUUCUGUACCUCACAAGAGAGAUCAACAUGUUCAUAGAGGCUAGUGAGGCGGUGACGUCCAUCUGCACCCUGUACGAGCUUGGUCAGUCGCUAGCAGGUAUGAAGGACAAGAAGCGCUUUGAGGAGCUGAACAUGGGGCCCCUCUGCAAGCUUCCUCUUGUGCAUCGCAUGUUCAAGAUUGACAGUGACACCAGAGAUGACGACAUCUAUGAGAUCGAGACCGUAGACAUCUUAAAGCAAAUUAACGUUUUUAGGAAGAGGCAUUCAAAGCAGAGGUUAGACCUGGCUGAGUUUUUGCAGCACCUGGCUGAUCAUUACAACUGUGAAUCUCCAUACGAGCUGGGGAUCCGGAUAAACGGCUUUGGUUUGCCCAUUUCGAGCCUGAUUAAGGUGAGCCGAUGCGAGCAAGGCAUUUUGGAGCGAGCCAGAGAGGUGAUCCAGAGAGAGCUUGAGGAAGAAACUAUGGAUCGACUGAAAAAAGUCAAGAAGAGCAUUUUAGAACCAAUGCAAGGCGCAGGUUCUUUCUCCUCUGUAGGAAACUCUGAUCUCAGGAAAAAGUACGCCUCCAUGCCAGCAGCGGAUGUGGUACUGGAGGUCCUGUCAAACGCCACGGAAGUGUUUAGCGGAAGGAUGUCAAAGCAAGUCCAGAGCUUCCUGAGUAUGAUGUCGUCUGAUCGGCUGGCGAGAGCUCUCUUCCAGCUGGCUAUCUGUGGAGGCUCCCUGGCUGCUCCCCUUGACCUGGUGCCCAAAGACAAGACGCCCAAAACCGCUGCAGAGGCUAAAACAGUGGACAACACAGCAGCAGCAACCCUCCCCAGUGAAGACAAAGUGAAGCAGUAUUUGAAAGAGAGCCUGGCAGCUCAGAAGUCAGCCAUCAGUCUGGGACACAUCGCUGCUCUGGAGAAAAAGCUGACUGAACACUUUCACAUCAAAGACUUCCUCUCCUUAAAACAAGGAACCUUCCUGAACUUCCUGGUCAAACACAUCCAGCUGCUGCAAGAAGCUCUGGGAUCAGCUUUGUUUCUGGGAACUAGUGUUGAGGUCACAGGCAGUGGUUUCAGACCCUCCAGACAAGAUGUGUUUGAAUUCAUUAAACAGUGCGGCAGCAUAUCCUCCACUGACCCAGAGGAACUUGCUCACAUUGAAUCAGCCCUGAGGUCCCACUACAGAGUCCGGGAUAGUCGGGACUUAGGCUAUGGGACGCUGCAGCAUCUAUCUGACUUGGUCAGGAGGCAAAGAGAGCUUGCUGGAGGAGGAGGACUGAGUCCCAUAUACUACGAGUCUGUUCUGCUGGCCAAACACAGCAAAUCAAGUAUUGAAAGUGGCUAUGAGUCAGUGGGACGCCUGGGUCAGAUGUCUAAAGCCCAGGCACUGGCCAGCUUGCUUUCCUGCCCUCUGCUGGAGGAUUUAAACACCUGGAGCCAAUGGGAGCUGAUCUUUAAACCAUCUUAUGGCCCCUUAAAAGACUUCAUUGAGAGAAACGCAGCUAAUACCGGCCUGGCCGUGUUAGAGGUAUCACCAGGUUUGCUGCUGAGGAUCACCACAGACACAGGGGACAAACACUUCAGCAAAGCGGUGGCGGCCCUGGACCCUGUGGGCACAGCCGGCCACCUGGUUUCCAUGGUCGUGGCCGACGGGAUCGACAAUGCUCCUACGGCUCUCCUGGCCAAUCACAUGCAGAACUCCCUGGCAGCAGCCGUUGCUAAAGAAGAUCUGUCCAAGGCGGAAGAGGAUGUGAGGUGUUACAGCAGAGUGGCUAACUUUCUGCUGCAAUGUUUGACAAAAAUCCCCAUGAGAACCUGCCAGGCGCUUCUGCAGCAGGUGUUCCUGGAGCCUUUCUCCCGUGUGUUGGGCCAAGCCAAGUCCAAAGAGGUCCUGAUCACAGUGGCUCAGUCUGACCCGAAACAUCUGAACUGCCUGCACCAGCUGGGCAUCCUGCUGGGAAUCACGGAUUGGGUCAAAGACUACCACAGAAAGUUGACCCCGCAGCAGAACCUGAACAGUAAUGGUUUUUCAGCCCAUCGGGAUCACACCAAGCCAAAUCUCCUAGAUUCUGCCAGCAGCAGUUUGUCCGCUUUGAAUAUGAGUGAAGACGAGUUCAAUGAGGAGGACAUCGCAGAUAGCAGCUCUGUGUCUUCACUCAAUCAGCAGGUGAAUGGAGACCAAGCAGGAGAGAUCGAUGAGGAGGAGGAUGAGGAGGAGCUGUAUGAGCUGGUCUCAAUUCCUAAUGGAGAGACCUCCAACAUGAGCAGUGAAGCUGAAAGCGGUCAGAGCGAAGAACAGAUCGACAAGUCUGAGGAGGAAGAAAAGGACUUAGUCAGCUGUCAGGCAGAGGAAUCCCUCUGUCCUCAGAAAAGCAUCAUUGAAGACAUCAGGAAAAGUGAGUUUGGCAUCGGGGUGGAGCUGAAUGCAGAAGGCCAGAAGUUGAUGCAGGUCCACCAGGAGCGACUGGGCCGCAGCUUGGAUCGCCUGUCCACUGAGCUCUACAGCAAAGACACACACUUUGUCCUGGAACUCAUUCAGAAUGCCGACGACAACAGCUAUCCCUGUGAGGGUGGCGUGGUUCCAGCCCUCGCCUUUGUGGUCGAGAGAGACUGCAUCACUGUCCUGAACAACGAGUCGGGCUUCCAGGAGAAGAACAUCAGAGCCAUCUGUGAUGUUGGCCGCAGCACCAAGGGAAAACACAAAUAUGGAUACAUUGGACAAAAAGGGAUUGGCUUCAAGUCUGUGUUUAAGGUCACAGAUUGUCCUGAGAUCCACUCCAAUGGCUUCCACCUGCGCUUCGACAAGAACUGCGGCCCCAUGGGAUACAUCCUCCCCCACUGGAGCGAAGAGGAGAGGCCUCUGGAUGCACAGCUCAAGGGCAUCCAUCUACAGAGCUGGACCACAAAAAUCUGCCUUCCAUUGCGUUCUGAAAGUCAUCAAACAAGGAACCUGUUCCAUGACGUUCAUCCCUCCCUGCUGCUCUUUCUGCACCGCCUGCGCUCCAUCACCAUCUGCAACCAGAGCGAGAAGCGUCUCGUGACAAUGACUCGCAAAGAUCUUAGUCACAAUGUGUUGGAGGUGGAGCACACAGAGGGCACAGAGCGCUGGCUGGUGGUGAAAACCACACUGCAGCCCAAGAAGAUAAAAGAAGACGUCGAGUCGACCGAGCUCGCUCUGGCUUUUCAGCUGGGCGCCAACGAGGCAGACUCUGACAUCGUUUGCCAGCCACAAAAGCAGCCAGUGUUUGCUUACCUGCCCCUCCGUAGUUUUGGCUUCCGUUUUAUCAUCCAAGGCGAUUUCGACAUCCCUUCUUCUAGGGAAGAUGUUGAUAGAGACAGCUCCUGGAACCAGUGGCUUCGAUCAGAAAUACCGCAACUGUUUCUCAAAGCCAUGGAAGUCUUCACUGCUCAUCCAGAGUACAGUGGGCUGAAAGGUCUUUGUCAGUUCCUGCAUUUUAUCCCCCUGCCUGAUGAGGUGCUGGACUUCUUCAAGCCUGUUGCUGGGCAGAUUAUUCAGCUGCUGAAAGGCAGAGCCUUCCUUCCGACACUUGGUUCAGGUGGCGAGGUGGUGUACAAGCUGCCGUCCCAGGUGGCCGUCUGUCAGGACGCCGUGAUCCGUGACGUGAUCGGCAGUGAUGAGCUGGAAAGGCAUCUGUCUCUGUCUUACCUCCAUCCGGGUCUGAGCCCCCCACCUCCCGCUUCCCUGCUCACUAACAUGGGAGUCCGGUACCUGCGGGGAGCAGACGUUACCACGGUAACCACCGCUAUGGCAAAGGAGCUGGUGAGAGCGGAGGGCAUCCAUACAGAGGGGGGUCUUCGCCAGUUGGCCAGGCUACUGGUUUGUAACUUUCGAGCGAUUGAACAUGGCUACGGAGAGGCGGAAUCCAUCCUCCAGAACCUCAGAGAGCUAACCAUCAUACCUCUGGCGGACGGACGUGUGGUGGCACUCAGCGCGGAGAGCGUGUUUUUCCCCCCAGAAGAAACCAAGACGAAGAAGAAGAAGAAAGCUCAGGUUCAGACAGGUCCACUCUCUGCGUUGUACAAGGAUCUUAGCAUGGUCCCCCCCACCCUGCUGAACUGUUUGGAUCCCCUGGAAAGCCAGCAGGUCCGGGAGCUGCUAAAAAGGCUCGGAGUCCAUGAAAUGGAGCCGCAGGAGCUGCUGGAGCAGCACAUCUACCCCACCAUCAACGGCAACAAAUGGAAGUCAAAGCCUCAGUCGGUGGUUGUCAGUUACUUGGUUUUCAUCAAGCAGCACUCCUCCUCUAGCCAGGAGUACGCAGACAUCGCAGUACCCGUCCUCACCUGCAGGGGGCUGCUGUGCCCGGCUACCGAAAGAGUGCAUUUCUCUGAGGAGUACGGCAACAUCAACCUGCCUAAAGCUCUGCCUGGCUGCGACUGGAUCCUGCUGAGUCCCUGUUACGUGGAGUCAGACGGCGAUGUAGCGGGAUGGAGAGAGCUGUUCAGCACCCUGGGCGUCAGAGACGGCCUCAUCAUCCGCAAAGAGCGCCGGAAGCUCACCUCUGCAGAGCUGGCUUCGAGUCCUUGGUCAGCUGAAAGUGCAACAUGGCGCCAAAGUCCAGGAAAGGACUUUGUUCUGGAUGACUAUCCCUGUGAGGAGUUCCAGGCCCUGGCCACAGCUCAGCUCCCAGACCCCGUUCUCCUGCAGCAGAGGAUGACUUUGUUACAGCUGCUGGAGACCAACUGGGACACCGGACACUGUUACUCUCAGUACCUCACAGCUCAGCUUAUUGACAGCGACGGGCGACCAGUCAAGAACACCAGGUCCUCUUUCUACUACUUAUUGUCCCGUCUGGAAUGGGUGCCUGCUUAUCGGCCAGCAGAGGAAGAAAACCAGAAGAGACAGUACCUCUGCCCGAGCUCGGUCUAUCUGAAAUCAGACGAGGUCACCAGCCUGCUGGGGAUGCACGUCUUUUAUGUGGACAUGAGCUCCAGCGCCUUCAGCAAAGCUCUAGGGAUGAGAGAAACUGUCUCAGUGGAUGUUCUGAUUGAGUUCCUGAAGAAGUGGUGCAUCAAACCUAAAGAGGACAAUCAAGAAGGAAGCUCAGCCGAAGAGGAGACGGAGGGGGCGCAGUUCACUACAACCGUAGAGCACAUUCACAACGUCUACACCUACCUGGAUGACAAAUGUAACCAGAGAGACUUGAAGGAGCUCUUCCAGCACACCCCCGCUGUGUUUGUAGGAAGUAAAAGGCCUGAUGAUUGCGUCUGCUCAGGACGCUUCUACCACCUGAAGGAGGUGUGCUGGAGUGACAACACAGAAAUGUUCAAGCGUUACAAACUGCUAACUCAGAGAGAAGACAACCCCAACCUGCAGCCCAAAGUGCUGGCUCCUUUUUACAGCCAGCUGGAGGGAAUGAGGGACUUCUUCCUGAACCGGCUGAAGGUUGAGGACAGUCCCAGCAUGAAGCAGUACGUGGGUUUGUUGGAGCUCAUCUGCUCCUCUGCAGCCAUACCGACUGCUGAGGUGCUGCAGGACGUCUCUGCGCUCUACGCCAAACUCGCUCAUAAAUGUAAGCCCAAAGUGACUGGAGAGCAGGAAAACAUUCCUCAGAGCAGAUUUGAUAAGAAUUAUACCUCCCCGUUGAAAGUCAUGGUGUCUGACAAGCGGGUCUUCCCUACGAAGGACAGUUGGGUGAGUCUGAGACAUAAACCCAUGAUCAAUGAUGACAAAGAGCUGGAGAAGAUCUUCAAGCAUCGCAAUGAGGUCUGUCUCCUCCACCUGCCACCACCAGAGAAGAAGAGCGUUCAAAAGAGUAAGACUGGUCAAGCAGGCACAGGAGAUCGAGCCACUAAACCCGCCUUCAAAGAGGAGGACAGACUCUCCUUCCUGGAGAUAUGCGGCGUUCGUCAGCUCUCCGACUGCGUGAAGUCCCAGUCCCAAACCGAGAGCUGGAGGCCCUGUCCACCCAUGCAGUCCCUGGUGCGCUCGGUCAUCCCCUACAUCCAGAGGUUCCUCUACCACCGUGAGGAGCUGGCAGAGGUUUACUCUGAGCUGAAGGACAGGAACAUAGCAGAGAAACUCAAGAGCCUUUCCUUUGGACAGGUGGGGAAGCUGUAUAUUCGCUACCAGCUGGACAUCGCUGAAGGAGAUGAUCCAGUGAUAGAGCUGAAGGAUGUCAUCUGCCUGCUGACGGAUGAGAAGGAGUUCUACAUCCAGAUGGACCACAUCAACGAGAAACUGGAAAUCCUGAGUGAGUUGGUGAAGCUCUUCUGCACUGAGAGCAGCCACAGAAAAGACCUGAAGCACUUCCUGAGCCUCGCCAUAAACAGCGAUCAAAGGGCUCUGGACAGAUUGAUGAGGAAAGAGAACAUCGGAGAGCUGCCCGCCGACGAGGAGCACUGGGAGGUUCCAGAGCCCCGCACGCUAGAGCCCACUAUGGACAGAGUUUAUUCCAGGAGUCUGUCAUCCAUCAGCUCCCCGGUGGAGCCAAACUGUCCCAAUCAACCAGAGGGGGAGCAGACGCUGGCUUGCUGGCCUCCGCGAGCUCCUAUGCUGAACGCAAGCAGCAGCCAUGCAGGUCAGCAGAAUAGUGAUGCUGUGGAGGCCGUCUUAAAGAUGUGGCCCCCUCCUGCUGGUCCUAAAGACAGAGACUCAGAGAAGGAAGGAAAGCAGGAACCCAGGAGCAGCAGACCUGCAGGCCCUCAGAGAGACCCCAGCCAUGAUGCUGCAGCCGUCAGCACAGAACGCAGCCAGCGGACUGAGACCAGCGAGUCCCACAGAGCUGAGAGGAGAGAGGAAGGCCCGGCUCCUCCCAGACCAGAACCGACUCCAAAGCCUCCAUCUGAUCAGGCUGCAGAGUCUUCCAGCUGCCCGCCUCCUCCAACCAGCCUGGUGGGCCCCGAGGCGGUGGUGCCCUGCGGUACAUUCCAGGGGACGGCAGCUGUCGGGGAUUCUCAGCGUCCUCUCCUGAACAUGGACUUCCCUCUGUGGGACAAAGACCAGUCUCCGCAGGCCACUCUGGAGGACAUGGACCUCCCCUGUCAGAUACCCAAAGCCGUGGUUUUCUCAGAUGAACAGAUGGACCUGGUGGCGAUCGGCGACUGGGGGGAGCAGCUGGUCAACUCCUUCCUGUGCCAGUGGAGAGACAGCGACGACCCCGGGCGGCCCACACACGUCCUGUGGUGCAAUCAGAGCGGAGAGAGCGGCCAACCCUACGACUUCAAGCUCACUUUCGGCGAGGCGGGGGCCACUUUCGUGGAGGUCAAAUCCACCAUGAAGAGAGAGAAAUCCUUCAUCCACAUGUCGGCCAACGAGCUGGACUUCGCCCUGAAAGAGAAGGAGCGCUACCACGUCUACAGAGUGUACAGCGCCGGGGACGCUCAGAGCGUCCGUCUGUGCCGCAUCCAGAACCUGGCGCAGCACCUCCACACCAAGGACCUGUCCCUGUUUCUCUUUGUGUAGCCAUUCAUUUACUAUUUGCACUUUUUCUCACUGACGAUGUCGUUUUUAAAACCUUUUUAAAGUUUUAUCUGCUGCUCAGCAGGCAUUUAACCACAAACUUUAUUUCAGCUGUUUUUUAUUUAACUAAGCACUGUUUUAAAAUUAAACGUUUUUACUUUCAAUCGAUACAAGUUUAUAUGUCUGAAAAGGUGAUUCCUGUCUCAUUAACUUCAGUGAAUGUAAUGAAGGUGAAAUUUAGGGUAGUUUAAUGUCAUAAAACAAUGUGGUAUUAUUGUUAACUGGAAGGAAAAUACUCCAUGUUUGGUUCUUUUACAAAU